ACAGUUCCGUUGCAAUUUGUAUCUCUGCAACAUGGCUACUGUGCUUACUGUUCAUCUGUUCUUCUUCCUCUUUAUUCUGUCUCAAUCCUGCUUCUCCACCAGUUCCAAACAAUCCAGAGCAAUAGUUGUCUUACCCCUGAAAACCCAGAUAAUCCCAUCCAGUUCCGUCCCUAAGGCACCGAACCAAGUCUCUUUCCACCAUAAUGUCAGCUUAACAGCGUCUCUUACUGUUGGGAAUCCCCCUCAGAACGUUUCCAUGGUUAUCGACACCGGAAGCGAGCUGUCCUGGCUUCACUGCAACAAAACCCCAAAUCUGCUCUCCACCUACGACCGGCUCCGCUCCUCUUCCUACUCUACAAUCCCUUGCUCCUCCCCCACAUGUACGAACAGAACAAGAGACCUUCCCAUACAACCUUCCUGCGACUCCAGGAAGCUCUGCCAUGUCACGCUGGCCUACGCUGACGCCUCCUCCAGCGAAGGAAACCUCGCGUUCGACACGUUCCGUAUAGGGAGCUCUGCCGCUCCGGGAACGAUCUUCGGCUGCAUGGACUCGGGAUUCAGUUCGACCACCCAAGAAGAUUCCAAGACAACAGGGUUAAUGGGCAUGAAUCGAGGCGCUCUCUCAUUCGUUUCUCAAAUGGGUUUCCAGAAAUUCUCCUACUGCAUCUCCGACCGCAAUUCCUGGGGAGUUUUACUGCUCGGCGGUGGCGGUGGCAACGGCAGCGGCUUCCCCUGGCUUGGACCCUUAAACUAUACGCCACUGAUUCAAAUCUCGACUCCAUUGCCUUACUUCGACCGAGCUGCCUACACGGUUCAGCUCGAAGGGAUAAAGGUGUCCGACAAACUGCUCCCGCUGCCCAAAUCGGUGUUCGAACCGGAUCACACCGGAGCGGGUCAGACGAUGGUUGACUCAGGGACUCAGUUCACCUUCCUACUUGGCUCGGUCUACAGUGCACUCAGGAACGAGUUCUUGCAGCAGAUGCGAGGGGUGUUGACGGUUCUGGAGGAUUCUAACUUCGUCUUCCAAGGAACCAUGGACUUGUGUUUCCGGGUACCCUUGAGUCGGCCGUCCCUGCCGGCUCUGCCGACGGUGAGUCUGGUGUUUCGUGGGGCCGAGAUGAGGGUAUUUGGAGAAAGCUUGUUGUACAAGGUUGAUGGGGAAGUGCGAGGAAGGGAUCAAGUAUACUGCUUCACGUUUGGGAAUUCGGAUCUGAUGGGUGUGGAGGCGUACAUCAUUGGACACCAUCAUCAGCAAAAUCUGUGGAUGGAAUUCGAUCUGCAAAAUUCAAGGGUCGGAUUGGCCCCUGUUAGCUGUGCUCUCGCUAGUCAAAGAUUGGGUAAGGGUAUCUAACGGGUCAGAUUUUUUUUGGGUUUUCUCCCUUUUGUUUAUUUUUUAUUUUUUAGGGAGAGAGAUUUAUACACUGCCCA